AGUUGAAGGAGGAGUGAGGAGUAAGAAGUGAGAGAAUGAGAAAGAUGGCGUUAGGUGCAGAAAACGUGCCUCCUUUCAUCGCUGCUCAGCUGAAUCAUCUUCUCUCUCAUUUCCGUCACACCCUCAAGGUUGAACAAAUGUGGUCUGGUGACAAGUACAAUUCUGGUCUCUUUGAUCGCUUCACACUUCUCAUUCCCUAUUGCUUGGACUUCAUCAAGUGGGAUAUUAUAUACAACGCGGAGUGUCCUUCAGCUGCGCCUGAUGUUAUUUUCGGCCCCGAAGACGAAGAUUUUCAUCCAUUUCACAUGCCUCUUGUUGAAGGUUCCCAACCUAGUAACUGUUUAACUGAUUGGAACUACAAAGACCCUGCACGUCUUUUGAUCCUUGUUCAAUUUUUGAGGGAUCAAUACGUGUUGUAUCAGAGGAAGCGUGUGGGAGAAGUUGACGAUGAUCGCUUGAAAUUUGAAAUCAGCACUGUCUUGUCCAGGGAGGGAAUAGAAAUGCAUAUUAGUUCUGGUGCUGACAAGUCAGAGGAGGUUAAAUUUGCCGUUCCCCUACUGGACAUGAACAUAAACAAGAUGGUGUCAGGUUGUCCAUGGAGAUAUUCCCAGAAGAUAUACUUACAGGUUGUAUAUCCUGUUGGGAGAAAAUAUUUGUCUACUCCUUCAGCUCCUCGCCUGAAGUUGGUGUCUUCUUCUGAGUUGAAAGCCCUAUUUUCCAUUGAUGAUGUCAAGCUACCUUCCUGGUUGGAUGGGAUGUGCUUGGCAGAAUAUCUUCCAAAUCUGGAAGAAUAUCUAGAGAAACAGGUCCUUGAGGCUGUUUCAUUAAUUGAUGUUAGAAGGCAAUUCAUUGAAGCAUUGGCCUGUCAGCUUGGAAGGCCGGUUGAAGCUGAUCCUGUCUUUUGCAGAAAGGCAAGUUUUCUUUCUGCAUCUGGGGUAUUCACAUUCCUGGUACACUUCCAAAUUCCAACUCAGUUUCCAAAGCAACAACCGGCUCUUAUGCUUCAAAGUUCACAGCAUUUUAAUUCACAAAUGGCACCACUGAAGUCACGUCUUAUGGCUGAUUAUCCAUGGAGUCCGAGAUGGGAAACAUCACUGAUGGCUGAGCGUAUUUGUGAGUUUCUGGUAGAUGAGGCCUUGAACUUCAAGAGGCAAUGCAGCGAGGGGCAACCCUAACAGUAACAAUUGCCAGAGCAUGUGCAGCUCAAUACUAAUGUUGUGGCUAUCUCUGAAGUUGUCAUUGAAAAAUGUGAUGUAGGUCUGCUCGGUCAAUGCACUUGUUUUUAUGUUUGAAUGAAGUGCUGUUUAACUUUUUGUUGUAUUCGUGACAUUACGCUAGUUGUUAGUUCUGUGUAUCAAGAUGUAUCGUGUCGUGUAUGUUUUGAUGGAUAAAAACUAUAUACAUAUAAGUGGGUGUAUUAUCAAAAAGGCAUAAUUAAAUGAAAAAUAUAAA